GGUCUUUUAAACUCUUGUGAAGGUAUUGAGACAAAUGAGACUAAGAUGAAAAUUUAGAAUAAAUUGCAAUAACAAAGAUGAUUGAAGCUGAUCUCUGAAGGUUCUUUCAUUUAAAAAAUUUGGUACUUUUUCAAGUUCAUUGCCUGUUGUUACUUGAGACACUUCUACAUAUCUUGUCAUAAGCAUUAUUUGUAUCCAGUUUUCAUUCCCAAAAGAUAUGAAUAAUAUUUUUGAAAAAACUUAACUGAAAUACUUUUUCUUAAUAGAUUAAAUAGGGUUAUCUUUAUUGACUGUUUAUGACAGCUUUCAUAAUUCGAAGGAACACUCCUAAAUUAUUAACUUUUGAUUCUCAGAAGAAAGCCUCGCGAAAUAAGCAUGAAUACUCUACAAAACUGCUUCAAAGUUAAAAGAUGCUUAAAAAGAUUCAUUUUUCUCCCUUACGCAUAAGAUGUGAAUAGUCUUUUUAUUAAUAAUGCCACAAAUGAUAGUUGUUCCUCAAUCACUCUUUUUCUCUACCCAAGAUGACUGCACGUUUGUUGCAUUGUUGAAUAAGAAGGCUUGUGUUUCUUCUAAAUUAGCGAUCUCUUAACUAAGAUCAUAGACACAAGCCCUUUACAAGCUUUAGUAAACCUAUUCUUUCAUUACUAUUAUUCAUCUGAGCUCCAUCCUUUGUCAAGAUAGUAAUAAAUCUAUUUAACCGCAAAAGAAGUUAAAGUUUUGUCAUCCUAAUGCCUAUUUUACUUGGUAAAAAGAGAGGCUAGUCCUUUACUUUCCUGAGUUAUUCCGACAUGGGUUUGUUACUCACUUUGAAUAUAUUAAGGAUAGUACUGUUAGUAACCAACGGGAUAGCCGGUUUCAGAGAUAUUAAUAACUAUACUAUGAAAGAAUAUUGAGGUGUUUCUACUUGUAAGCUAGGACCCUC